GGCCGUCGCUGAAGCGUGGUUAUGAUGAGCUUCUCAUCCUUGUUUCCGUUGUCACCUCGAUAAUCUUGACGGCAGUCUGAGGCACUGAGGGAAAUGCAAUCUCUGGAGCCAAGCACUGUUAAAGCACUGGAAGAGCCAGAUGUCACCAGCGUCAGCGCUGCAGAAUCCAGUGACCCUGCCUCGCCUGGACCAGCGGAGGUGGCAGACCGAACAGGCGCAGAUGAAUCAGCAGAAGCCGAUACUGUCAGUCAGGAGACUGCCGUAGUCUCUGACAGAGACGCCACCUCCCCGGACAAGAUUGCAGGGCAGGCCCCGGUCCACCAGCAUGUUGCUAUUCCUACAGCAAUGAAGGCUGUCAGUCAAGGGCGAGUCCCACGACUGAAAAUUCCUGUCCCAAAGAAGCACACAACAAGGGCAAUCACCCUGACAUUCAGCUCUCCUCCUCACGUCCCGAAGGCAGCGCCUCACUUCAAGACCAGCUACAGCCACACCCCAGAGCAUCUGUGGCGGAUACAAGCAGAGAAUGCUCGCACUGUCACCCGCCUGAUGGCCAUCAGCCACAGGAAAGUCCAUUGGGUGGAGAAGCUAUCCAAAAAGAUGCCCAAAAUCAACCCUGCGUCCACGGUCCAGCGCAGGAAACAAGCUGAGGCGGCAAUUGAAGAGGCAAAUGUUAAGUUGAAUGGGAGACUGCAUGCGAUCAAGGCUUCUCCUGAUGUCAGCAGAGCAGAGCUUGCAAAGAGCCAUGUUGUUGCUGCUCAAUACAAGCACAGGCUUGCAUAUAAGAAGGGCAAAUGAACUGCUUACAGGUACUGUCAGUUUGGAGACUUGUAUCACCACUCACAAUAUUCAAUGAUCAGUCCUGACCAGAUCUGCGUAUGAUCAGUCAGCCCAUCAUAUGUGCCCCAAUACAAAAUUCUUUUGCAGCACACGAUACAUUGUUCCGGAAAGGACCGUGCACAUUGUAAUUCUGUCGCCCUAGAUC